AUGUCUUCCACAAAUCAAAACACACAAGCCGACACAACACCCACGGAUCGCCUGGCCGAGAUCCUAGACAACUCAGCCCGCAUCCAAGAACUUUCCUCGGGCCACGAAGAAGAAAUCCAAGAAGCAGACGAUGACUCCGACUAUGAGACGUCAGAUGACGACAGCGACGACGGCCAAAACGUACACGGCUGGAUGGCCUCCAAACUACCCCCAAACCUACCUUUCUACUUCGCCGGUCCCGGUCCCCUUGCGGAUGGUUUGGAAACAACAACGUCGGCAGCUCAGGAAAAGACAAUGCGAGAGGUCAUAGAUCUUAUGACGGGAAAGGGACAGACCAUGACCUAUGUCAAUGCUUAUGGUCUACCGCAUUUGUUGAAGGACAAGCAUGCUGCCUUCCUGCGUACCAUUUUGGGCAGGUAUCCUCCGCCGUUUCAGGUCAUGGAUGCCAGUCGACCUUGGUUGCUGUACUGGGCUCUGAAUGGUCUAAGGACCUUGGGAGUUGAUGUCAGUGAAUACAAGCAGAGGUGCAUCGACACAUUCACACCUUUGCAGAAUCCAGAGGGUGGCUUUGGAGGUGGACAUGGCCAUCUUUCCCAUGCCGCGGCGGGUUAUGCGGCCACCUUGAGUUUGGCUUUGGUCGGUGGUUUGGACAUGAUUGAUCGAAGAGCCAUGUGGCACUGGCUUGGUCAAGUCAAGAACCCCUCCGGCGGCUUCAACAUGGCCGUGAAUGGCGAACAAGAUGUCCGCGGCGCAUACUGCUGCAUGACUAUCCACACUCUACUCGCUCUACCCCUCGCCCUUCCGCCGUCAUCGCCCGCCCGUAGAGCCGGGCUUGAAACCUUUACCUCUGGUCUCGGCUCCUGGAUCAGUCGUUGCCAAACCUUCGAAGGCGGCUUGGGCGGCGCACCAGACAACGAAGCUCACGGCGCCUACGCCUUCUGUGUCCUCGCUUGCCUGUGCCUGCUCGAUGCUCCUGCCAGAUCCAUUCCAACAUACCUCAACACCCGCACUUUAAUCCGUUGGUUAGUCUCGCGGCAAUGCGCGCCCGAAGGCGGUUUCAGCGGCCGUACGAACAAGUUGGUCGAUGCCUGCUACAGUCACUGGGUCGGUGGCUGUUGGUCUCUCUUGGAGUCUGCCCUCAACAUCGACCCUGCGAAAAGCAGUCUGUGGCACAGAGAGGCUCUAGUCCGAUACACACUUUCCUGCUCACAAGCCAAGAAGGGAGGACUUCGGGAUAAACCCUCUACCAGACCUGAUGGCUAUCACACGAAUUACUCUUUGGCUGGUCUGAGUGCUGCACAAUAUGUCUACACCUAUGCGGAGUCGAAGCAGACGGAGGCAGAGGGCGCAGAGGCGUUGAUGGUGGCAUUCAACUGGUCAUUCCAGCGUCCGACUCAGCAACAAAUGAAGGAGUGGUGUUUCGACAGCAGCGAUUUGGUGGAGCCUGUACACCCUGUCUUUGUCUUGCCGUUCGACAUUGUGGAAAACACGAGAGCGAAGUUCGCUGGCAAGGUCGGUUUCUGA